ACCUGGCUUUCCUGCUUCUGCCAUGGCCUCAUCAGUUUCCUGGGUUUCUUGCUGCUGCUGAUCACCUUCCCCAUUUCUGGCUGGUUCACCCUGAAGAUUGUGCCCGCCUAUGAGCAGAUGAUAGUGUUUCCACUGGGCUGGAUUCUUUCCCUUCAAGGGCCUGGCAUGGUUCUGCUCGUGCUCUUCAUUGGCUCCUUUAAGAGGGUGGAUCUGAGGACACGAGCUUUCAGUGUCGCUCCCUGCAAAUUGGCCUCUAAGGAUGGGGCUGUGCUGUCCUUGGGAGAUGUCCAGUUUUGCAUCAGGAACCUAGUAUUGUCAGUGAUGACUGUGAAGGACCUAAACACAGCCACAUGCAUGACAGCCCAGAAUGCCAUGACUAAAUCCCUGCUCAAAAGGCCUCUGUGGGAUAUCCAGAUGGAGACCCAAAUCAGUGACCAGCUCCUGCUGGAGAUCAAUGAUGUGACCAGGCUCUGGGGGCUCAAGGUGGACUGUGUGGAGCUGGCAGUGGAGUCCAUGCUGCAGCCACCCCAGAACAGCCCCGCGGGCCGCCAGGACAGUCCCCUCCAGCAGCUGGUUCUCCACUUCCUGGGGAGGGGCAUGUCCUCAAUGGCAGAAGGUAACCCUGCCCCCCCACCAUCAGACACCUUGGAGAUGGUGAGCAAAGUCAAGCUGCCUGCCCCUCAUGUUGGUGAUGGGCCCAGCUUGAAGCAGCCUGUGGCAGAGGUGCUGACUGCUCUGCAGCUCUACCUGUCUGAGACCCUGGUCAGCCAAGUAGGGGCCUGCUACCAGUUCAGAGUCGUCCUGCCCAGUGACACCCAGAGCAUCUACUUCUAGGACCUCACUACAGGAAGAGGGAGGGCGGGACGUGGGGUGUCUGAUGGCAUCCCUGACUUGGUGGUGGAGAUGACCGAGGCAGACCUACAGGCCCUGUUGUGCAAGGAACUGCAGCCCCUGGGAACCUACAUGAGCGGGCAGAUGAAGGUGAUGGGCAACCUAGCAAUGGCCAUGAAGCUGGAGGCUGUCCUCAGGGCCCUGAAGUAG